AUGAGGUUUAGAAAAAUCGAUAUAUAAGUGAGAUUGGUCAUAGUAAUGAAUCCAAUUAUGCUCCUUUACUUUUUGUAGACUAAUUACCAGUUUUUAUCGAUUUAUCUGGAUAAUAAAAUAGAAAUCUUUAUAUGGUGGAGUUUCUUAUAUUGUCUUAACUUCCAAUUCAAGAAUGAAGUCAUAUUUUCAUUUUACACUUCAUCAAACAAUUCAAAUAUAGCCGACGUAAGAGCUUUAAUAAAUUUAAUUAAAUGGUACCAGGAGGAGUGUUGGGAUCCAAUUAAAUCAAAAAAGAACAUUAAGAUUACCAAGAAAAAAUAUUUCAAACAAAAUACAUUUUAUUGUGAUCUCAAAUUGAAUUAAUUUGUUUAUCAAGAAUAUAAAAGCAAGUUUUAAUCAGAAAUGACUAAUUCCAUCCUUUAGAAAUAAUUCUUUUCUAUUCAAAAAAAGGUAAUAUCGAUCAGAUAAAGUUGA